AUGGAAGAAGGACUAGAGAUAGUUGAUCAAGAAAAGAUUGAUGGUUGCGAGGGCCAAGCUGAAAACAUUUCCUUAAUGUCGUCCCGAAAGUGCUCAUCCUACGAUUUGAAUGAAGAAGCAAGCAGCGCGGAGGAUAAUGGCAACGCUGAAGUUAGUAUUACUGAUGGCGACAAGAGAACAGAAGGGAAUUCUGCUAAUAAUGCUACAUCUGCAGAGAGAAAUGGACUCAGGCCUACAGUUAGGCAAUAUGUUAGAUAAAAAAUGCCUUGACUACGAUGGACUCCUGAUCUCCAUCUCUCUUUUGUGCAUGCUGUUGAAAGGCUUGGUGGACAAGAGAAAGCAACUCCCAAGUUAGUUUUUCAGUUAAUGAAUGUGAGGGAACUUAGCAUUGCCCAUGUAAAGAGCCAUCUACAGAGGUACCGAAGUAAGAAGCUUGAUGAGGCCGGACAAGUGCUAUGUCAAACAUACAAAUCCAAGAAAGGAAAAGAUUACGUUCAGGGCAAGUUCCACCAAAUUUCAUCAGCCUGUCCUCAACAAUGCUUCAGAAUGGGGAGUGGUGGAAUUAUUUUAGCCAGAAAUUCUGCAGAGCAUACUUUUGGUCACAGUCUUUUGCACUCUUCCCUCUUCCAAAGACCACCAAGUAACAAAACCGGGCUCUCAAGGUACCAACAAUGGGAAAUUGGUGGGCAUGGAGUAACAAGACAACGUAAUUUGGCAAGAAAGGAUCUCGGACAUGGAAUGGAGACAACAAUCGACAUAAGGCCAAUAAGCUUCCGGAAGCCAACUGCAGUCAACUCUGCAAAUGACGUAAAGAUAAAGCAAUCUUUAGUCAAUUCGUCUCAUUCUACUGGCAAUUUCAAUUGUUUUAAAUCCGAGUUUGAGCCCCCAUUUCGGCUUGAGCUGAAUAAUGAUAAAUUGUUGAAUGACAAGGAAUGGCUGCCUGAUCUGCAACUGAGACUGAGCCAAAGAGUUGGAAUCAAUGACCAUGAGACUCAGUGUAGAAGCACACAGGAAAUAAUUAGCACCAAGCUUUCACUUUCUUAA